CGCCGUGAUUGGCCGACUCACGGCGUCCGGAUGGUGUCACGUGACUGUGGCGCGUAUAUAGGGAUUCUCUUUGGACGUGAAACUGUCAUUCCAUGAGUUGACGUCUCUGUGAACCCGCGAAACACCAAAAAAAAAAAAUACAAGAGAACUAUUCCGCGCUCUUCUGCCCUCGGGAAUAUUCUUAUGUAUUAUUUCUCUCAUUUAAUAACAAAUAUAAUGUUUGAAAACGAUCAGAAACCGUUACUUUUUAGUCAAGAAUAGCAAGAACUGAUUCUAGUCGCUGAUUUCUAAAAUACUUGGUCUCUGGGAGAACAAAAUGAAAAUCAAAAUUUGAUGUUGCUAUAUUAUUUUAGAUAAUUUUAAUUCUAUGAAGUAUCGGAAGGAAUUAAAUAGUGGGGACGUAAGGGAGGCCGGAGGUAAUUUCAAAUAGAUGUGCCAAAAGUGAAGCGCGAAAUCACGGGAAUAAAGGCUCGAAGAAUAAAUGCAUGACAUGGGUCUUACGGACACGAGUUUUGAACUAAUUUUGACACUCUGGCGUGUAUCCAUGAGAAUUUUAUUGCCAUUUAGUCUCAAAGGGCUCGUGUGCUGUCUCGGUGACUCCAUGAAUCGUCGGGACUCGAUGGAGAGUGGAAAUAGCAUUGAUUAGAAGUAUCUUCUGUUUUGGAAAGAAGAGAAAGAGCUUUUCUGGAGAUAAUGACAAAGCAGUCGUUAACGUUAGUCGCCGAGGGAGUUGGUGUAAGCCGUGCCCCAAUCGAGGGACGCGAAACCUGGUCCGGAAAAGUCGAUUUUCUUCUCUCUGUAAUCGGUUUUGCAGUCGAUCUCGCCAACGUCUGGAGAUUCCCCUAUUUGUGUUAUAAAAAUGGAGGUGGUGCAUUCCUGGUUCCAUAUUGCAUUAUGCUGGUGGUGGGUGGAAUCCCCCUUUUCUACAUGGAGCUAGCCUUGGGGCAAUUCAACCGGAAAGGCGCGAUCACAUGUUGGGGACGUCUGGUACCUCUUCUCAAAGGAAUUGGUUAUGCGGUAGUUUUAAUCGCCUUCUACGUUGAUUUCUAUUACAACGUGAUAAUCGCAUGGGCUCUCCGCUACUUCUUCGCAUCAUUUACGAGCAUGCUUCCAUGGACAACCUGUGGGAAUACAUGGAACACACCACUCUGCCGAGAGUUCGAUGUAAAUGUGACACGACGAAGCUUUAUACCCUAUCUCAGCAUAAAUCCUGAUGAAAAUUUCACAAAUUACGAGACACUGGCCCCUAUUCUAAGCAACACUGGUGAAGAUGGAGAUGGAGAUAAUAGAACGAGAUAUACUAGUGCCGCACAGGAAUAUUUCAACCGGGCCAUUUUGGAGCUCCACGAAAGUGCCGGAUUGCAUGAUCUUGGAAUUGUCAAGUGGGAUAUUGCCCUGUGUCUGUUAAUUGUUUAUCUGAUCUGCUAUUUUUCACUUUGGAAAGGAAUUUCAACGUCCGGAAAGGUGGUUUGGUUUACCGCGCUAUUUCCCUACGCAGUGUUAAUCAUCCUCCUAAUCCGUGGCAUUACUCUCCCAGGAAGUGCUGAAGGGAUAAAAUACUAUCUCAGCCCCAAUUUCUCAGCAAUUAGUAAAGCAGAGGUGUGGGUCGACGCUGCAACGCAAGUAUUUUUUUCACUGGGCCCUGGAUUCGGAGUACUCUUGGCAUAUGCCAGUUACAAUGAGUACCACAAUAAUGUUUACAAGGAUGCACUGUUGACUAGCGUAAUCAACAGUGCAACAUCCUUCGUAGCUGGAUUUGUCAUCUUCUCGGUACUAGGGUACAUGGCACAUGCAAGUGGUAGACCGAUCAAGGAAGUUGCUACCGAGGGUCCAGGACUUGUGUUCAUUGUUUAUCCAGCAGCAAUCGCUACGAUGCCGGGUUCCAUUUUUUGGGCGCUGAUCUUCUUCAUGAUGCUGCUGACCUUGGGUCUUGAUAGCUCCUUUGGAGGAUCUGAAGCAAUUAUUACAGCCCUCAGCGAUGAAUUCCCAUUAAUUGGAAAUAACCGGGAGAUAUUUGUUGCUUGUCUCUUUACUGUGUAUUUUUUGGUGGGUUUAGCAUCGUGUUCACAGGGUGGAUUCUAUUUUUUUCAUUUACUCGAUCGAUACGCGGCUGGAUACUCUAUGCUCUUUGCAGUUUUGGCUGAAGCAAUUGCAGUCAGUUGGAUCUAUGGUACAGACAGAUUUUGCGCUGAUAUUAAAGAUAUGAUUGGAUUUUCUCCAGGAAUUUACUGGAGAGUAUGUUGGAAAUUCGUAGCGCCACUUUUUAUUAUGUUCAUCAUCGUUUAUGGAUUAAUGGGAUACGAACCCCUCUCCUAUGAAGACUACACAUAUCCGGAAUGGGCAAAUAUCCUUGGAUGGGUAAUUGCGGGUUCCUCAAUUACAAUGAUACCAGGAGUCGCUCUUUACAAACUCAUUGUCACUCCAGGAAGCUUUUGCCACAGACUAAAAGUAUUGACUACUCCCUGGAGGGACAGUCAUGCUCAAUCUGCAAUCAGCACUCGAUCAGCUGUCUCGUCAGUGGCGAACGGAGCUGUGAGGACGAGUCUCCUUGAUGAAGGUGGUUUCGAGAAAUUCAGGGACUCUUCGAAAAACGAAAUUUCCGGCUUCAAGGAGCAGACAGAAAUCAUGAGCCUUCCGUGCCCCCGGAAUGGUGAUCCUCCCCCCGAGUCUGUCUAGGAUAACAUAAUCAUCCUUCAGGGCACUCGUUUCCACAUUUACCUCUGUUGAGGAUUUUUUCAUCCCCCUAUUUUACCCAAAAAUCUUGUUGUUUCUUUAUACCUUCAUAAGCUUCGGUAAGAAACAGCUUUACUUUUAUGAAUUUAUUCACUGAAACGAUAUUAAUCAAAUAUCAAUGUUUAAGGGAAUAUUUAUUAGGUGAGGAAUGACUCCACAAUUAUGAAGAUGUGCUGUGUGGACUAUAAGUAAAAUGCAAUUUCAACGUUGAAAGAUGUAAUCAUCCAAAAAUGAUAAAGAUAAAACAUUUUCGCGAUUUUCUUCCAAGAGGAAAAGGUGAACUCUAAUAUUAGUUAAUCAAUUAUUGUGAAGUUGUGAUUUUUUUAGUCGAUGUCCAGUAUUUGUUGACAACCACUUGGGUCUAAAUUUUUACAGACGUCGUUCCUUUCGUAGCGGAUAAUUAGUAACUAGGAAAUUUAUCGGAUUGGAAUUUGUAUAUGAUUAUGGAAAAUCAAUAGAGAAUCGAAGUACAGUAAAGGAUAUUGUAUAUUUUGUACAUUGCAUCGGAGUCACUGUACAGCCACAGAGACUCGUGCUUUGUUAGACAAAUUUAUAAAUAAUGUUCGAACAAAUAAGAAAGUAAUUAAGGUGCUUCAUGUUGAUUGUUUGUGUAUAGAAAUUCUAGGAAUCUAAAGCGAAAUGUUGUCUCGAGAGCCAUAUCGAGCCAACUUCUGGGAUGAAUUAAUUCGACAAUAAAAUAAUGGCCAUAAUAAUUCUGUAGUUUUGAACUAAUUGAAGGAACAGUUGUGUAAAUGUAAUAAAUCGAAUUCCUG